AAAGCAUUCGGAGAUUGGCAUAGAUAACACGUUGCAUGUCGAGAAUAAAGCUUGAUUGAAUCGUCCUUUUCUAUUCUUUCCUGGGAUUUUAGAAAGGGUUAAUUGUUUCCUCUGAUGGGAAAUUUCUGUGCUCGGUGCAAGAUUGAUGGCAAUUUGAAUCCGCACCCAUGUUCUGAAGUUCCCAAUAGAAGCACCCAGUUGUUUGUUCAUUCAAAUCCAAACGGGUAUGGAUACAUUGAUGGAGGGAAACCUGAGAUUCUCCCUACUCCAAGAUCUGAAGGGGACAUACUUUCAUCCCCACAUUUAAAACCCUUCACAUUAUAUGAUCUUAAGAAGGCCACAGGAAAUUUUCAGCCUUAUAAUCUUAUUGGAGAAGGAGGAUUUGGGAAUGUUUAUAAGGGGAGGAUUAAUGAAUCUAAAUCCCACGGGGCUACAAUUUAUGGAUCUGGAAGAGAUGUAGCGGUUAAGAAGCUUAAGCCUGAAGGCUUUCAAGGGCACAAGGAGUGGCUGUCUGAAGUCAAUCAUCUUGGCCAACUUCACCACCAGAAUCUCGUCAAACUUAUUGGAUACUGCGUCGAAGGAGAUAACCGACUUCUAGUGUACGAGUACAUGCCCAACGGAUGCUUGGAAGAUCAUAUAUUUUGCAAAGGCACACAACCACUUCCCUGGGCUACAAGAAUCAAGAUUGCCACGGGUGCUGCUCGAGGUCUUUCCUUCCUACAUGACUCUAAGCAACAAAUUAUCUACCGUGAUUUCAAGGCUUCUAACAUUUUGAUAGAUUCGGAAUUUAAUGCAAAACUGUCAGACUUUGGAUUGGCCAAAGCAGGGCCCACUGGUGAUCAUUCUUACGUUUCCACUCAAGUUCUGGGCACUCACGGCUAUGCUGCUCCUGAAUAUAUUGCUACAGGUCGGUUGACGUCAAGGUGUGAUGUGUAUAGCUUUGGGGUUGUGCUAUUGGAACUACUAUCAGGGCGGCAUGCUAUUGAUAACACAAAAUCUGGAGUGGAACGUAAUCUGGUAGAAUGGGCAAGACCCUAUUUGGGUGAUAGGAGGAAGUUGUUCCGGAUUAUGGAUACCAGGUUAGAAGGACAAUACCCGCAGAAGGCAGCUUAUACAGUUGCAAUAAUUGCGUUACAGUGUAUUUCUGAUGCAAAGACUAGGCCACAAAUGUCUGAGGUUUUGUCUGCCUUGGAACACCUACCAGUCACUAGACGUUCAGCUAGCCCCACAUAAUA